AUGGAUAACACUUAUAUAAACACAGAGAGGUCUAAAUAUUUAGAUGUACCUUCUAUUGAGUACUCAAUAAGCGCUAUGAUUAGUUAGAGGAACAGAAAUAAUACAGAAAAAUCCUUAAAUUGUAUUUAGGAUGAUUAGUAGAAUUAAAGUAAUAGCAAUUAGUAAGGAUUAACAUAUAGCUUAGGAUAAUAGGUGGAAAAAAUAAAAGAUAAUUAAUUAUAGAAAGAGUUUAUUUUUUAUGAUUAUAAGUUACCAUUUAAAAAAAUUGAUAGCGAGAGUGAGUAAGAAAGGAAUUUUAAUGAUAGUGUAAUCUCAGAUAAACUUGAGCCUAUGAUUAUUAGCUUAUCUUAGAAAAAAUCUGAUAUGUCUAGCCCAAUAAGAAGCCCUCUAAUCUUAGAAGAUUCUGCAAAAAAGAAAGAUAAAAUAAAGAAAAAAAACAAAUACUUUGCUGAUUUAAUUGAAAACAGUACAAUUACCUAAUCAGCAAAGAAAGAAAAAGAAAAGCAACAAGAAAAUAUGAAAACAUUUUUUGAACAAGAAAAUGAUUACCUAAAAAAUGUUUAUGGAAAGUAUUAUGAAUAGAGUAAAUUUUAAAGCAUAAUUCCUUUUAAUUUAUUCGAGAAGCUGCAAUAAAAAUAAAAUUAGGAUAAAUAAGAGAUGAAUAAGGAAGGAUAAAAUAUCACUCAGAGUCAAAUGAACGUCUUAGAGACUUCAAGGGAAAGAUCUACCACUUUACCUAUUGCUAGAUAGAUAGACUCAUAAUAAUAUAGCUAGUUUAGAAGAUAGAGUGUUCUUUAAAAAAGCCGCCUCUUUACAUUUUGUUAAAAUAUAAAUAACAGAACAAUAGAAAAAGAUUCUUUGUUUCAUGAAAAUAGAAGCAUCAAUCUUGACAAGAAUAAUGAAAUUAAAGAUGAAAAAGCUAGAAAGCAAGAUAAAAAAGGCUAAGGAAUUUUAACUUUGCUGAGAAUAAGAAGCUAAAAUUAAAACUAAAAAUAAAUAAAUGAAGAUAUCAGAAGAGAAUUCCAAAAAAAAGUUGGAAUUUUUACAAAAAUUAAUAGAUUUCUAUACAAUUUAUAGCUCAAAUCUGGGUUAAAAAAUCCAAAAUGGUUAAAUGAUUAUAUAUUAAAUGUUAUUGGUGAUCUCUCUUUUUCAAAGCUUGAAAAUGCAUAUUAAGUAAAAACUUUUUAGCAUUUAGCUUCUAUUAAACCAAACAAAACAUAAUUGAGAAAAUAAAUGACUGUCACAGAUAAAUUUAGGAUCAAGAUUUUUAACUUCCAGAAGCAAUAUUCUAGCAUUAUUCAAAAACUACCAAUUAUAGAUCCUUCUAGCAUCACAAAAUAGCUAUGGGAUAUAUUUAUUAUAUUUUAUAUAUUGCUUGCUGUAGUAAUAGUUCCUAUUGAUAGAUUUAUUCUCUUUUACACUCAGACACCUUCUUUAAUUGUUUAGUUCAGGACUGCAAUUUACAGUUUUUUUACAAUAGUCGCAGCUGUAGAUAUUUUGUCCUAAUUUUGCAUUGGGAUAUACCAUCAAGGAGAGGUCAUUCUGAAUAGGAAAAUAAUUGCAUAAUCAUACUUAAGAGGAUAGUUUAUUUUGGACAUAAUAACAUUCACAGUUAUAUUAUUAAGAUUUUUUGUAAAUGAUACUCAAAUUUAUAAUUGCUUGAUAUUUCUAAAAUUGUAUAAGCUAGAGAAAAUACUUCAACAGUAGUAUGAGUUUCAGAUCAUACGAUUCAAUAAAGGUCAUUUUGUUCAACUAGUAUAAAUCUUUCUAACUGAUAUAUUUAUAAUUCAUUUGAUUGUUUCUCUCUUUAUUUAUAUUGGAUUUUCUGAAAGUUCAAAAGGAUGGGUUUCCUGCUUGCAACUCUAAAGUUCUGACUGGUUUAACAUUUAUACUUAAACAUUUUAUAGUAUUUUAAUGGUUCAUUUAGCCUAGGGAUAAAAUAUAAUAAAGCCAGUAAAUAAUUUUGAGUUUUGGUUUUUGUCCAUCUCUACUGUUCUCUUAAUUUCUUCUUUGCUAAGAUCAAUAAAAAAGCUAUAAAAAGUUCUGAGUGACUAUAAAAAAAAGGACAAAGAAGCAUUAAAAUAAAUGAGAUUAAUUAACAUAUACUUAAGAGAUAAAAACAUAGGCUAAAGGCUUAAAAUUAAAAUUGUCAAAUACCUUUAAUUUUAAAUGAACUAAAGAUAAUAAAUUCCAAUUUAAUAAGAGCACUAAAUUCUUUAGCUAUUAAGUUAAGAACUUAGAGAGUAAAUAUUAGUUGAAACCAAUCUCUAAAUAAUUUAAAGAAGUACUAUCUUGGCAAAUUUUUCUCUUUCUACUUAGAAAAAAGCAAGUACCUACCUUGAAUUAAGGACAAUUCACGAAAAUGAAACUAUAUUUGAAGAAGGUGAUUAUUCUGAAAAUCCUUAUUAUUAUUUUUUAAAAUAAGGGGAAAUUGAAUUUUUUGUUGAAAGUGUUAAAGGAAGCUAAUAGAUUCUUAGGCUUUAAACUUUACAAAAAGAUAAUUGGUUUGGAGAAAUGUCAUUUCUAACGCAAAAAGAGAGAAUAGUAGGCGCUAUAGCUAAAUAAAAAUGUGAAGUGUAUACUUUAUCAAGAUAAGAUUUCUUAUGUUUAUUGCAGGAGUAGAGUCGUGAUUACAUUAAGUUUAGUUUAUUAGAAGAAAAAUUAAGAAUGAAUGAGACACACAUACUUAAAAUGAAGUGCUGGUCUUGUGAAAGUAUAGAACAUACAAUAAAGAAUUGUCCAUUAAUUCAUUUUGUACCAGAUAUCGAAAAAGUAAUUUUGAAAGAAAAAUUUAGUCUACCUCAAAAAAGGAAAAAUGAUUUUGAAAGAUACCGGUACUUAAAGCAAAGCUCGGUUAAAUUGCAAAAAUUAGCUGAAUAAUAAUUAAAGAAAUUUAAAAAGAAAAAUAUGUCCUUAAUUAUAGAAGCUAAAAAAAAAAUGACCUCAAAUAAGAAAAAAAAAAUUAAAAAAGAUACUAUAUUUUCUGAAACUAACAUUUUGAAGGCAGAGAGUUUAAGACUUUAGCUUGCCUAAAUAGGCAACAAAAAAUAAGGUUUAAAUGUUCCAAGUGAUGAAAUAAAUAAAUAAAUUGGUGCUAAGUUGGUUGACUCCCUUUCAGAUAUACUAAGUAUUGACAAAAAAAAUGAUAAUAUAAAUUACAUAAAUUCUGCUUUCACAGAAGUUUCUAGCAGGAAUGUGAAUGAAACAUUGAAAUUACAAUCUUAAAGGGAUAGGAAUAUUUCAGAAAAUAGUAAAUAAGGAUCUAAGACGAGAUUUAGUCCACAGCUAUAAGUAAGCAAUCAAAAACUUAUUUUAAAGUCCGUAAAUAAUUAUGGUUAGAAUUAAAAUAUUCAUAACUCUGAAGAAGAUAAGCAAGCUUAAGAAUCAAUAUCUUAAUUAUGUGUUUUAUCUCCUCAAAAGGCUUAAAGUAAUAAUAACCAAAACACAUUACAUUAUUUUUCUUAAAAUUCAUUACAAGCUAAUUUACAAGCGAAUGUUGUUAAUCCAAACAUUAAUUCACUGAAUUAUAUUAGUACUAAUGGAGGGGGUGGCACUCCUCAUCAAUUAAAUUUUAUAAAUUAUGGUAAUCAUGGAUUUGGUUCUUAAAUUUAGUAAAUUACAUAAACUCCUCAAUUUUCUUCAUAAAUUCCAACUAUGAAUUUAAAUUCUUCAAAUGCAAGUUUAAAUACAUUGUAAUAGUAAGGAAUGAAAUCAAAUACCUUUUUUAACAGCUUAACUUCAGUUUAGAAAUAAAAUAGUUAUGCUGCUCCUAGUCCAAGUAAUAAUAAGAGCAUAAGUAUAAUAAAAACUUAGAGCUAUAACAGAGGAGCAAAUAAAGCAGCAGCAAUAUAAUCUCAGCAAAUAUCUGAUUUAUAAAUUUUAAAUGAAGAAAUCCUUUUAGAUUUUAAUACGGCUUAAAAUCAUUAUACUGAAUAAAAUGCAGAAGAUGCUAGUCAUAACAAAAGUCCAAAAGAAGCUUCUAUAAGUCCAAUAAAUGAAUCUGAUCCCAACGAAGAGCACGAUUCCCGUAUAUUCAUAGAAAACUAAAAAAAAAAGCAAAUAAAAAAAGACAAUAGUUUUGGAGUUUACUCAAUAUUCAGCAGGAAAAAAUUUUUCGAAGAAGACUAAAAAUAUUAACAAUCCCGAAAAUAGUCUAUUUUUAAGUAAGCAAGUAAAUAAAAUAACUAUACCGAUAAUGAUGAAUCCAAAGUAGAUAACAAUUGA